CUGCAGUGGUACACAGCUGCCUUUAAAGACCCCAUGAUGCUCCAGCCCCCAGAGUGGUUCAAGGCGUUCAUCUACUGCGAAGCUUUCUUACAAAUGCCUUUUUUCCCCGUUGCAGCGUACGCCUUCUUAAAAGGUGGCUGCAAAUGGAUAAGGACUCCUGCAAUUAUCUACUCCACCCAUGUGGCUACAACUCUGUGUGCUAUCCUGGCACAUAUCCUCUUCCACGAUUUCUCCAAGUCUGAGCAUCUGGGACCUCAGACACAACGCGAGCGCCUCGUUCUGCUGUCCGUGUACGUCCCCUACUUGCUGAUACCGCUUCUGAUUCUGUUCACCAUGCUCUGCCACCCCCAUUAUAACCACGUGGAGAAAAGGAAAAGGAAAUAG